GAUCAUGGUCGACAUCCGGAUGGAGGACAUGGGGAUGAAGGGCGCGCUCUUCCGGAACGCCUCGCUGGACCGCGCCGCAAUCGUCGACGCGCGUCUGCAGGGCGCCCGCAUCAUCGCGACCUCAUUCGACAACGCACGAGACCUAGCCGAGAUACAGCCGAGAUCUAGCCGAGAUCGCGACCUCGUGAACCUGAACGGGCCGUGCGACAUGUCUGGCAUCUACAUCGCCAACUCGACCUUCCGCGCGGCCUUCUUCCCGGGGGGCGCGGUCUUCCAAGACGCUUACGCCGUCGGGUCUGACUUCUCGAAGGCGCACCUCGUGCUCGCCGAAUUUCAGAACGCGAAUCUAUCCGGCACGUCCUUCCGCGGCGCGGAAAUCACCGAUUCCAUCUUCGACGGCGCGAACAUCGAUCAAGCCGACUUUCGCGGUGUCGUGGGCUUUGAGAAGGCGUCCUUCCACAUGGUGCAAGGCGUCCCCGUCACGGAUUUUCCGAUUGCCGGUUAGACGUCCGGUUUUCCGGUCUCCCCACUGUCUCCCGCCCCCCGGGUGGACGGGCCAAUAACACACCCAGCAAGACCCAGUGGUGUUUGAGAACAAACUGGAGAACGCUCUACACCGUGCGUUCUAUCUCUA